AUGCGUACCGCUGCCGUUCUCAUCGCCUGCGCUACUUCAGCUUUGGCCUACUCGGUUACUGUUCCCAACGCAAGCGAGGGAUGGACCAACUCUGGCUCUCAAACCGUUUCAUGGACAAUGGUCGAUACUGACCGUGCCAACUUCACUAUCGUUCUCACCAACCAGGCAAACCAGACUCUUGCUUCUCUAGUCGACGGUUCCCUGGGAACGCAACAGGUCAACCCUCCUGCUGGUGGAUGGAUUGUUGGUGGCACCUACCGUGUCAAUCUCGUCCAGGACGCUCAGGACCUGAACAGCAUUCUUGCUCAGUCCUCUGAGUUCAACAUUACAGAGAGCUCAAGUUCAUCUUCUUCUGCAACUGCUUCUUCGACCAGCACCACUAGGAUUACCACCGCUGCUUCGACAACUCGCACUGGAACCACCUUGACUGCUACCACUGGCACUGUAAGUGGUGUCACUGCAAGUGGUGCAUCCGGCUCUGCCUCGUCCACCGCCACGACUACCUCCAAUGCUGCGCUACCCGUAAGUAUCGGUAGUAGCGGCCUUGUUGGCCUUCUCGCUCUUCUCGGUGCUAUGUUGUUCUAA